UGUUGGGAACAGCACAUAACCGAAGGAGUUCGUUCCGAUGUUGACUUUGGCACCAUCAUUGUUACAUGCUCAAGCAGCGGACAUACAAAUUGCAGCUUGCCAUCUCGGCUCACAAUGAUAUAACGGAGCUGUCACCAAUCCCAGUUGUGGAGCUCAACUAAAGAAGAUAGCUCCCGCCUCUCUCUUCCUUCCGGAUCAUUGCUCACCAAUCGCUCGCCAAUCCCCAUGUCCCAAAAGAUCGUGCUCAAGGUGGACAUCACCUCCGACCGGUGCAAGGCCGGCGCCAUGAGCAAAAUCGCCGGCAUAGAGGGGAUCAAGUCCAUAACGGUGGACGGGGACAAGGGAACGCUGACGGUGGUCGGGGACGUGGACGUGAUUUGCCUGGCGAGCGUGCUGCGGAAGGCCAAGUUCCAGGCGGUGGUCGUCAGCGUCGGGCCGGCGGAGGAGAAGAAGCCCGAGCCGCCGAAGAAGCCAGAGGAACCAAAGAAGGAACCACCCAAACCUCCGCACUGCUCCUGCUCCUCCGGCCCCUGCUCCUCCGGCCCCUGCAACCCUUGCUGUCCUCCGCCGAUGCCACCGUACCGCGGCGCCACCAUGGUGUGCUACGAUGAGGAGCCCGACAGCCCUCGUUGCAUCAUCAUGUGAUUUACCAUUUGCGUUCACUCCUUUUUCUUUUCUUUGUAACAUUUUUUGUGUUCUCUGUUUGUCGAUGCGGUCAAUUUCAUAUUUUCAUCAACUCAGAGUAUACAAAUAGCCAUGUUCCGCGUUCUGGCGUCCUACGAAAAUAGUGUUAUUAAAAGGAACUUUUCUGUAAUAUAAUUUUUCAUCAAUAUAUACUUACAUACUCAUUUCA